AUGGGUGAUAGAACACUUAAGCAAUUGGCUACUCCUAAUGUUGAUAAUGAGCAGCCCUUGUGUAUUCGUUAUACUAAUCCUGUUGUACCUUUUGAGCUUAAGUCUGGACUAAUACACUUGCUGCCCAAGUUUCAUGGUCUUGCAGGUGAGGAUCCCCACAAACAUCUGAAGGAAUUUCACAUAGUCUGCAGCACUAUGAAGCCAACAGGGGUGGAUGAGGAACAAAUCAAGCUGCGUGCUUUCCCUUUCUCUUUGGACAGUGGAGCUAAGGACUGGUUGUACUACCUGCCAGCUUCCUCCAUUGUAAGCUGGAAUGACAUGGCCAGAUUGUUUCUGGAGAAAUUCUUCCCUUCAUCCAGGGCCACUUCAAUCAGAAAGGAGAUCAGUGGCAUAAGGCAAGCUAAUGGGGAGAACAUGCAUGAGUAUUGGGAGCGAUUUAAAAGGCUUUGUUCAAGCUGCCCACACCAUCAAAUUCCAGACAAUCUCCUGCUUGUUUACUUCUAUGAAGGGAUGCUGCCUAUGGAUAGGAACCUUCUGGAUGCAGCUAGUGGAGGAGUCCUGAGCAAUAAAACACCUAAUGAAGCCAAGGAGCUGAUUGCUGAGAUAGCUGCUAAUGCUCAACAAUUUGGCACUAGAGCCAACAGCAGUGCAAUCUUCCAAGUGCAAACUCCUCCAAUGCAAAAUCCAACAGUAGCAGCAACAGGAGCAUCAAGCACAGAUAACCAGAGAAUGGAGAACAGACUUGAUGAGCUGACAUCAAUGGUGAGGCAGUUGGCAGUGACACAGACUGUGCAACCUUCUGCUCAACAGAUAAGCAACUUGUGUGGCAUCUGCUGUGAUCCUUCUCACCCCACGGAUGCCUGUCCUUCCUUUCAUCAAGACAGCGGUUUCCAAGAUGAUCAGUCUGUUGCUGCAGUUUUUCCUGGAAAGCCACAGUACCAGCAGCAGCAGCAACAAAAUAAUCCAUUCUCCAACACUUACAAUCCUGGCUGGAAGAAUCAUCCCAACCUCAGAUGGAACCAGAAUCAUGGUCCUUCUUUGGAGGACUUAAUGAAACAGAUGGCCAGUGGCAAUCAGCAGUUCCAGCAGAGGACUGAGUCUUCCAUUCAGAAUCUGCAAACACAGAUUGGCCAGCUUGCAACGUCAAUAAAUCAAAAUCAACAUCAAAUGGAGGAGCCAACCCACACUGCUGCUGAGACAUCCAAUGAAGGUGACACUAGCUACAAGAAGCAGAGCACUAAUACAUCGGAUGUCCAUAUCCCUUUGCCAUUUCCUCAGAGAGCCACUCAGUCAAAGAAGCAGUCAGCAAAGGUUCAAGAUAAAGAGAUACUUGACACCUUCCGGAAAGUUGAGGUGAACAUCCCUCUUUUGGAUGCAAUACAGCAGAUUCCGCGAUAUGCCAAGUUUCUAAAGGAGCUGUGCACCAACAAGAGGAGACUGAAGGGAGAUGAGCAGGUUAACCUGAGUCAGAAUGUAUCGGCACUCAUCCAGCCCAUGCCUAAAAAGUGUCAAGAUCCAGGGACAUUUACUAUCCCUUGCGUGAUUGGCAAUUCUAUUUUUCAUGAUUGCAUGCUAGACUUAGGAGCUUCCAUCAAUGUUAUGCCUGCAUCUGUGUUUAAGUCUCUUGGUCUUGGUCCUUUGCGUGCCACUGGUAUUGUGGUUACGUUAGCUAAUAGGAGUAGUAUUCACCCAUCUGGUUUGAUUGAGGAUGUAUUAGUCAGAGUUAAUAAUCUGAUUUUUCCUGCUGAUUUCUACAUUUUAGAAAUGGGGAGUGAGACUGCUACUAAUAGAUCCCCAAUCAUACUUGGUAGGCCUUUCAUGAGGACAGCUAGGACCAAGAUAGAUGUUCAUUCUGGUACUCUUUCCAUGGAAUUUGGUGAUAGCAUUGUGCAUUUUAAUAUAUUUGAUGCCAUGAAACAUCCUAGGGAAGAGCAUUCUGUCUUCUGCAUUGAUGUGAUAGAUGACGCUGUUGAGGAUGUUUCUGCUAAAUUCCUUGCUGAGUUUUCUACUGAUUUUGAUUCUGAUUUCUGUGGUUGUGGUGAUAGUCGAGAGUGCAUUGUAUGUGAUGAAAUAGCAUCUCAUCUUUCUGGUUUCAAUGAUGCACUGAUUGAUGAUUCUGAUUAUGAGUCUACCAGUCAUUGUGGCAAAGAACCUUCUACCUGA